AUGGGUGGCGGUGGCGAAGAUGAGUACGAAUCACUUCCAACACACAGCGUCCCGGUGCACUUGACAGCUGGAGCCCUGGCCGGAGCCGUUGAGCAUUGUGUCAUGUUUCCAUUCGAUUCGGUCAAAACGAGAAUGCAAUCACUUUGUCCGUGCCCUGAAACGAAAUGUCCAACUCCUGUACAUUCACUGAUGAGCAUUGUUAAACGAGAAGGAUGGCUUCGACCGCUACGUGGAGUUAAUGCAGUUGCUGCAGGCUCAAUGCCAGCUCACGCUCUAUACUUCACAGUUUACGAGAAAAUGAAGGGAUAUUUGACGGGAAACUCCGCGGGACACAGCAAUACGUUAGCAUAUGGAGCUUCUGGAGUUGUUGCAACACUUAUCCAUGACGCUAUCAUGAAUCCAGCAGAAGUAGUGAAGCAAAGAAUGCAAAUGGCUUUCUCUCCAUACGGAUCAUCGUUGGAAUGUGCUCGAUGUGUUUAUAAUCGGGAAGGUGUGGCGGCUUUCUAUAGAUCAUACACGACACAGCUGGCAAUGAAUGUUCCAUUCCAAGCAAUUCACUUUAUGAGUUACGAAUUCUGGCAGCACGUCCUGAAUCCGGAGCAUAAAUACGAUCCGAAAUCACAUUUAAUUGCGGGAGGACUUGCCGGCGGAUUGGCAGCUGCUUUAACGACUCCAAUGGAUUGUGUGAAAACCGUUUUGAAUACGCAACAAGCUGCAGAAGCUGAUCCAGCAAAUAGGCGAAUUUUCUUGCAGAAUGAAUUACAGGCUAGGUAUCGUUAUCGUGGAAUUUCUGACGCCGUACGGACAAUUUAUUCUCAACGUGGACUAUCCGGAUUCUCGUGUGGAUUACAAGCUAGGGUCAUAUUCCAGGUUCCUGCAACUGCUCUCUCCUGGUCCGUUUACGAGCUUUUCAAAUUCAUGUUGUCUUUCGAAGGAGGUCAUUCGAGUUGAUAAUUUUGAUCUUUUCUCCAAUUUUUCCCCCAAUUUUUCCUCUUUUCCAAGGUUUCUCCUCAUAUAGGUUAGGUUCAAUAGUUCUCAUUUCUUUUUGUUGUUUUUUUUUCAUAUUACUCUCAGUUUUCUAUGUUUCUUUUUUUUACAAAACACGUGUCAAACCCGUGCAGAUGCCUUCUAGAUUCUUUUUGUUGUGUUCUGAAAGUUUUAUCGAAUCCAAAUGAUUUCUUUGACUAUCAACCUAUGCGAGCAUUUCUAGUGGAAAAGUGUUCAUAAUAAUUGUAUCCCAUCCCUCCCUCUCUCAUCCCUUUAUUAUUCGAGACAAAAAUUCAAAUAAAUACAUAAAAAAUUAGUG